AUGCCCACUCCACCAUCCUCAUCCUCAUCUUCAUCACGAAGUAAAUUACCUUCUUCAUCCCCUUCUUCCGCAAGGUUACGUCGUAUCGCACCUUCACCCGUCAAGAUUCCCGCGAUCAACCAAACUUCGCCUAUAACAACUAAAAUUCAAACUGCCUCUCUUUUGAGCGACAUAAUUGCCUCACUUCCUCAGGAAUACGAAUUCGCGCCUUUAGAACUGAUCAUCCUCUCUUCACCUGAUACUCAGAUCCGAACCUUAUUCGAAGUAUUGGAAUCAUCUAGGACCGGCAGAAGGAGGAAAUCGGUUGAGGGUGAUGAUAAGCUCCCGUUGAUCUUUGAUUCGAGGGGUGAAUUUGGGAGACUGGCUCAUGACGCUAGGUUAAGGAAGUAUGGAAUAGAUGUACCUUAUUCACCUAUAUUAAGCUGUUUCGAGGGUGAAGGAAAAGACGAAUCGGCGGAAUCAGAAACAUCAAGUCCAAAUAAGAAACGUAAAAUUAGCAAUACUACCAAUUUCAACUGUGACGAGAAUGGAGCAGAUUGUACAACAGAAUUACAAUCUUCAACACCCACGAAUAAUAAUCUGUCGUUGAAAUUGAAAUAUGAUAUACCUUCACCAAUCAUGAUAGAUUUCAAAGAAGAUAUAUUCAGUGAAAAGGGACGAAAUCAAAUUUGGUUGGACGAAAUACCUAAAGAAUGUACAACUAGACAAAUCACGAGAAGACCUGGUAGAGUGGAUAGGGAAGAUAGUUCGAGAAGUAUCAAUACGUUAGGUCAUAAUUCCAGCAAUGCAGAACCAUCAAUAGAUUCGAAUGGCGAUUUGAAACGCGAUGGGUUGGAAGAAGAAUUGGAUAACUGGAGUUUUACUCUUUCAGCUUAUGAAGAUGAAGAAUGCGGCGUGGGAGGAAUAUCACAAGAUAGAAAAGAUAGUUUCUUUGCUUCUUUUGGUUCUUCAAAUAGUACGAUUGAUUUGACUUUGAUUAAUACACCUUCGACAUUGAAUAUCUCCUUUGAUAACGAGCCGUCAAUGACAAUGACUACGAGCAAUGAUAAAUUUCUAUCGGCAUCAAGCUAUAUACCGCCACCAACGACAACAACAACGUUCAACCCCAGCUCUAUUGUGCAAUUCGGUAAAGAAGACCAGAAUUCUUUGGAAUUUGACAACUCACCAUUUUCAGACACGAUCGUCAUUCCUCUAUGCACAGCAAGAGACGAUGUAUCUCAAUUGCUGUUGAGCGUUGAUCAUGAUCAAGUUGAUGAUAGUCCCACACCAAAGAAUAAAACCGCCACCUACAGCAGCAAGGGCAGAGCAAGAGUCAUUUCGGGCGAUAAAGAAUUACCUGCUCUGCCAAUACUUCAUCGAAAUCAGCAUACCUACCAGCAGUUGGAAGUGGAUGAGGUCUCAUGGAAGGCAGAUGGACCGCGACGAAGCCAGGAGCAGGAAGGUGAUCCUGUCGAAUUGGCUCUGAAGGAUGUUGAUAAAAGUAUGACUAUUCAACUUUGGGUUGAUCAAGAAGGGUGUCGUGAAAAUCGAUCUUCGUUAAAAUUCAUUCGAUCGAUCAAACCUAAUGUUUUCCGUGAACGUGAGGAGAAAGCCUUGAAGGAAGCUGCCUUGUGGUGUGAAUCGCCAACUAGACCAGAAUGUUUUCAACAGUCUGGCUGUUGGGAAUUCGGUAUGGAUCCUAAAGAGAGAGACAAAUGGUCUUUCCAUCAUGCUGCAUUGGAGGGACUUCCCGUACUGCGCAGAUUGACAAUCAACAACGACGAGAAAUACGAUUUCCUAUCUCGUUCAGCAACAUUACAAAUAAAGGAACCUGGUGUUUACUCGGUUUGCGGACAAGAAGAAAGGGGUAAAGCAGAAUGGAAGUUUGAAUAUCUAGUUCAGAACAAAAUAUCACCCAAAUCACGUGAACAAAUAGCAAAUGAAAGAAUAAUCGUACCAUUAGGGUUGUACGUUUCGCCAAACUUUUUCAACCCCGACCGAGCACUGAAAACUAGCCUGUUGAAUCUGUUCAAGAAGACUUUGGCAAGUAAUAUGAUGAGUGAGAAGAUCAGACCUCCACAUAUUGGUAAACCACCUGCUCCUGCACCUGCAACAGCUGUAGCUACUUCAGAGAAAGAGAGUAUUCCUACUACUACGGCGAAGUCUGAAAUACCCCCAUUACAGCAUAGGAAACGAUCUCAAACUCAAUCUCAUGUUCCCGUGAUUGGAGCAGUAACGUCAAAAAACGUGACACCCUCACACACCCAUACUCAUGCGCAUGGCCAUUCCAGAUCUGUGAGUCGGACCAUCGGCGCGAUCGCAAAGGCAGUAGCAGGUAUAACCACGACUACGACUGCCACUCCAACUCAUCAAUUCAACCAUGAUAUUGCAUUCGAUAAAUCGCCUACUCCCAACAGCAGUAGUGGGAAACCCAGCUCAAGUGGUAUGGGUAUGGGUAUACAUAAAUUCGGUACUAAGCCUGCAACAUUUGGUAGAUCUACUCUCGGAUCCAGAUCCAAAACACUCACUGGGGCCAAUACGAUUUUCGAUAAUGCUCCGGAUCAAGAAAAUGGUCUAACUCCGAGUGCAGAGGAGAAGAAGAAGAAUCGAAAGAGAUCCACAAGUUUAUUUUCAAGAUCUAGACCUUUUACUCCACCCGUGAAUAUAACUGAAUUACAUCCUGUUCCAAUCUUAUCUAACACUACGAUAAAACCUUCCACUCCGACUUCAAUCAUCACUCCUACUAGUAUGGGGAUGUCGGGACUGUUAGUUCCUUUAAACAAUAAUAAUCAAACUUCAAUUUCACUACCACUUCAACAAACUAAUAAAGGGAUAUCUUCAUUAAGACCAAAUCGGUUAUCUCAGCCUCAACCACAACAGGGACAUCCAUUCUUACAACCUACAUCACCUUCGCGAACUACUUCCACAACUACAAUGAUGAGUGGCCAGAGUUUGUUAAAGAGAUCAUCAAGUAUAACUUCACGUUCAAAACCAAUCCUCAUCCAUAAUCAAUACCACAACCAGUCAUCUCACGAUACUUUAGGUUCUUUACCUGGCAGCUCUAACACAAGAAGAGGGAUUAGGAAAAGACCUUCUACCGCUGAACCUAGAUUAGGAAUGAGGUAA